UCCCUCAGAGCCAGCCCAGGUCAGGUAGUGAAGCUCACCUGCAUGUCAAAGGGCUUCUUUCCCAAAAACAUAUCCCUGAAAUGGUUUGAAAAUGGAGUGGAGAUUCUAGCCUUGGAGACGAUCAUCAUGCCACGGGGAAAUGCUUCCUCCUACAACAUCGUCAGCACUGUCCUGGUGACACUCGCCUUCUCAUCACUCCACUCCCAGAUCACCUGUCAGGUGUCUCACAAUGAAUUGCCAAGUCCCCUCAGUGGGCAUGUGAACAUCUCCAAAUUCCUCAAAGUUGUGCCCACAGUGACUAUACUGGCACACUACGUCCCAAGCCUCCAGGUAACUAUCUUCAUCUGCCACGUGCAAAGGUUUUACCCUGAAGUCAAACAAAUCACCUGGCUGGAAAGGACUGGAUGCUUCAAGACCUGUGAGGCCUUCACCCCAAACAAGAACCCAGAUGGCACAUUUAGCCAAGACAGUAUUAUCCUGGUCAACACCUCCUCAGAGUGUAAGGACAAAACACAGUUGACCUGCCGAGUACAGCACGAGGACCAGAUCGAGACCAGCAUGCCACUGAGUGAGCUUAGAGAAGAGCAAGAGAGCUGGGGUGCCAGAGAAUCCAGCUUCCUCUUCGGGGCCCUCACCUUGCUUAUCUGGAAGUUUAUUCCCCUAACUGCAUUGAUAGUCCUCUGUGUCCUCAGGCGGAGCCGCCCUUCCAGGUAA